GUUAGCGGAAAAGCCCCGAUACAGUAACACAGAACCCCGUAACAGUCCCCAGAUAGCACACGCCUUAACACACACCUGCCCGCUUAGGGGAACGGUAAGUCACCGAGGCGACGGCCACCUUGUGCCGCAGCAAAGCGGAGCCUGGCGGGUCUGCGGCGACAGCUCGUCUCCUCCAACCUGCCGCAUACACUCCCGCUGAGUUUGGCAGGCUAGCCGCGCGCCCGGGGGAGGCUAAUAAAACUAUAACCAGCCCACUCUUCCCACUGGAGUCCGGCAGGUCUGGCUGGCGCUAUGCCCGCAGCGACUGUGGAUCACAGCCAAAGAAUAUGUGAGGUUUGGUCCACCAACCUGGAGGAGGAGCUGAAGAGGAUCCGACAGGUCAUCCGAAAGUACAACUAUAUAGCAAUGGACACGGAGUUUCCGGGUGUGGUAGCCAGACCGAUCGGCGAGUUCAGAAGCAACGCGGACUAUCAGUACCAGCUGCUGCGCUGCAACGUGGACCUGCUGAGGAUCAUCCAGCUGGGCCUCACGUUUAUGAACGAGCAGGGAGAAUACCCGCCAGGAACAUCCACUUGGCAGUUCAACUUUAAGUUCAACCUCACAGAAGAUAUGUAUGCACAGGACUCCAUUGAGCUUCUGACCACUUCAGGGAUUCAGUUCAAGAAGCACGAGGAGGAAGGCAUCGAGACGCUGUACUUCGCCGAGCUGCUGAUGACGUCCGGGGUGGUGCUGUGCGAUGGAGUCAAGUGGCUGUCUUUCCAUAGCGGCUAUGACUUCGGAUACCUGAUCAAGAUCCUGUCAAACGCCAACCUGCCUGAGGAGGAGGUGGACUUCUUUGAGAUCCUCCGCUUGUACUUCCCGGUCAUCUACGAUGUCAAGUACCUCAUGAAGAGCUGCAAGAACCUGAAGGGCGGGCUGCAGGAAGUAGCUGAGCAGCUGGAGCUGGAGAGGAUUGGACCGCAGCACCAGGCUGGCUCGGACUCUUUACUCACAGGGAUGGCCUUCUUCAAAAUGAGAGAGAUGUUCUUUGAGGAUCACAUCGAUGAUGCGAAGUACUGCGGUCACCUGUACGGGCUGAGCUCGGGCUCCAUUUACGUGCAGAACGGGACGGGAAACGCUUACGAGGAGGAGGCCAACAAGCAGCAGUCGUGACAUCGCUCUCAACCCGCCUGCCACCCCUGCAACUCGCACGGCUCCGAGGCCCCGGCCGCUUCGCCUGCAGCCACGACGGAGGAGCAAAACACCAACUUACAUAUGCAUUACUUAGCGAGCUGUUUUUCAUUGGCUGUCGCCCACCUUAGACGAGCAAACAUGACGGCGACGAAGCAUCCCGGCCGUCCUCAUCCACGCCGCGAGCUGCAUGCGUGUGAGUUUAGUGUUUUAGUCCUGCAAGGCAGCGUAGACGACGUGGGUGGUUCAGUUAAACAUGCCUGAAAAGAUGCAAUUUUUUUUUUUUUUUUAGUUUUCCUGAGGUGUUCUGUAGACCUGUUUUGCACUUUAAAAGCUCUAACCUGAUUUUAUAGGGAAAGCUGAACACGUUUGCGGUGUGCGUCUGUCUCUCUCCUCUCUCUGCUGCCUUCUGUGUUACUGUUUUACAUUGUGAACAUGUCCGAAGUCUAACCACCACCACAAAAAAAAAAAAGCAGCUCUCACCACGCUCAGCCUUAAUAUUAGCUGCAUUCUUCUCUUUUAAAACUUUUAAUUUAUUGUGCUGGCCGCGCGACGUCGCCCAGUCACCCGAUUCGACACUAAGACCCGACUCUUUUUGUUCAUUUGUUCGUGUGGAGAGGAUGUUUGGAACGACCCGGAUAAGCCUCCGAGCUCACUGUGAGAAGCGUGGCCUCGGUGCCGACCGGGCCGGGGGAACAGAGUCGUUUCCUUCCUCCUCCGUUCUUGUGUUCAGAUCUGUCACAUGCUGUCAUGUAAGUGGUGCGUAUCCAGGCGCACGCAGAUGCUUUUCCUUAGGAGUGUGUGUCAUUUCUGUGUGAACGCUCUCGCUGACGGAUGCACACACGGUCAGAUGCAUGAGCUUUGUACGAUCAGCCAGUGACACAGUAGCUUUCUUUUUCUUUUUUUUUUGGAUUAAACAAAGCAGCUGUAGGACCUGCUGACAUCAACCUGAA